AUGACAGAAGGUCAGAUUUUAAAGGAAGAAAUCAGUACCAGUGAUGAUGAAUCUAGAAAAGAAUCUCCUGAUGCAAUGAUAAGUGGAGAGAAUCUUAAUGAAGAAAAUCUUAAUAAUGAAGAAGAAGAAGAAGAAGAUCUUGAUUUUUACGAUUUUCUUGAAGCUGUUUCCGAUAAAAUUGACAAUAUUAAAAAUCAAAUUGAAAAACGACGAGAACAACCUCGACAACGCUUACUACGAACUAUAGCUGAGCUUGAAGAACAAAAACGUAUUCUUAAAACUCAAUUACAACAACGUAUUCAUAUUUGGUCGGAAAAUUUUAAACAACCGAAUUUUAUUCGUACGCGUGAUAAAAUAUCAUUUUCUAUUGGAGUUGCUAAUGCUUGUUUUUCACCGUUAGUUGCUGGACGUUGGCCACAUAUAUUACCUCUUGUGUAUACUUUUCAGGCAUUAUUUCUUAUUACACUUCGAUUUUUUAUUUAUAAACGUAAAAGUUGGCAUUAUUUUGUUUAUGAUUUAUGUUAUUUUGUUAAUCUUCUAACGAUACUUUAUUUAUGGGUAUUUCCAUCGUCAACAAUUCUUUUUACUGUCUGCUAUACACUAAGCCAUGGUCCAUUAAGUUUUGCAAUAGUUCUUUGGAGAAAUUCACUUGUGUUUCAUAGUUUGGACAAAGUAACCAGUUUAUUUAUUCAUAUGUAUCCACCAUUAACAUUAUUUACUCUUCGUUGGCUCUUACCAGUUGAACUUCAACGUGAAAAUUAUCCAGCUAUUACUAAAAUAGGACCAUCACUAAAUACAGCAUCAGCUGUAUUUUAUACAGUUGUUUUUUAUUUAAUCUGGCAAUUAUUAUACUAUGCCUUCAUUGUUUAUGGACGUCGAGAAAAAGUUGCACGCGGUUUACGAGCUACAUCCUAUACAUGGCUGUUGACUGAUAAGGAUGGUUUUGUUGCACGUCUCAUAGAAAAAUUUGGUUUCGGCAGUCCAGAUGAUGGUAUUAAUCUAUAUAAAGUUGUAUUUUAUUUCUUUUUACAAUUUGGAUAUAUGCUCAUAUCGAUAUUACCAGUCUGUUUCUGGUAUUAUCGAAAUAUGUAUAUCAAUGGAAUAUUUCUUUGCGCCAUUUUUGCUGUUAGUGUUUAUAAUGGAGCUUCGUUUUAUAUUGAUGUUUUCUCACGUCGAUAUUUGAAAAGUCUUGAAUUAUUGCAUGAUUGCGAUGAAAAUGAAGUAAACGAGGGUGUUCCACGUCAUUCAACUAUAUGUUGUCCUUUACGAAAGGCUUCUCAAACAUCUACAAGUUGUUCCCUGCGUCUCAAUAUGUCUGCUAGACACUAUUCAUUACUUGUUGUUCAUUGUAAAAAUUUAAAUGAAAUCUAUCUCUAUAGAAAUCUUUCAUCAAAUAUAUAUUCAUUUCCAAAUAUCAUUUAA